GAAGUUCCUCGGAGGCGAGGGGGCCGGGGCGAAACGCUGGCCAAGCCGGAAGGGACCCGACGCCGAAGCGGGGAGCGCGGAGCGCCGGCGGCCAGCGCCGCGCAGCUCCUAACGGGCCGCCCCGGAGACUCCUGGGAGCUCAGGCCCACACGCGUGUGCGCAGGCGCGGACGGCUGAGCCCGGCCGGGGGCGCGGUGUGGGCCUCGGGUGUGGUCCGGGGGCGUGACCGCGAGCGAGCUCCGCCAGGGGGUAUUUUGCCUGCUUGGACCCGGAGGAAGCGACUUCGCGGGGAGCGGGUUCCCGCGCCCAGCAGGCGCUGAGAGAGAGAGUGUGAGUGUGUGUGUUAGUAUGAGCGCGCGCCGAAUGGGAGUGGUCUCCCUGCCCUACCUGCUGCAUGUUAGGUGCAUGCUACUCUGGGAUGUUGCGGCCGUUUUGUGUGUACAGUGGACGGAUUUUCGUGUUGCUGCGUGAGAUUUCCUCUGCAUGUGUCUAUUUUUAGAUUAGGUGUGAGUCGUAUUUGAAACUGUGUGGCAGCUGGAGAAAUGAAAGUGAUUUUUGAAUGAUUGUGACUUUGCCUGGAAUUGUGUAAUGUGCUGAGAUCGUGAAUGACAACGGCCUAUGGACUGGUUGUUUUCUGAAGGAUGUUUGAUUGACUAUGACUAUGCCUGUGUUUGUAACCUACUGUUAUUUCUGAUGGUUUUGUGACUAUGGGAACCGAAAUAUUUGAAUGAUUGAGGAACUCUUGUAUGACUGUGUCUAGUUGGUUAUGUAAGAUUUCAUUAUCUGAAUAGUAAGCCAUUAAGCCUGCCUCCAAAAUUGUAAGUAGCAGUUUAGCAAAUAAAGAGGUAUUAGUAUUGUAAAGGAAGAAGUAAAGUUUUCAUAAUUCCCAGCUGGCAAAUUUAUUGCCAGGAAACACUAUUAUGAUAACUAAAACUAGUGUGCAGGAAAAACAAACAAUUUUUACCGAUAACUACCACUUUCAACACUUAUAUCUCAGUGAGGUUUCCUGCUCCUGGAUGAAAUCAACGGCAAGAUCAAUAACUUCUUCAGGCAUUCUAAGAUAAUAAAUAGUAUUUUAUACACUUUUAAUCACAGGCUAAUUUCACUGUAGUAAUUAAAAUAGUUAACUUGCUAACUAAAGUAUUCACUGUAGUGGUCCGUACUUCAGGCAUCAUUUAGCAAAAUAUUAUUCUUUCUGCCUGGAAGCCUACAGAGUGGCUUUCUACCCAGAAACCUGAUCAAUUUCUUUUCUAUUUUUAUACCUGCACUACUAAAAAGUAUCCUCCAAUAGUUAAUCCUUAAAUUAACUAUUAACAAAUUAAUAAUAAAUAAUACUUAAUUUCAAUAACUAUACUUAAGUAGUGUUAUACAGGUGAAUCAACAAAGAGUUGAAGUAGAGAAAUUAAAUAGAAAGUUGAGACAUAUUUUCAAGUAUUUAGGGAAGUGAUAAAGAUUAUAUGAUAUAUUAUAAAUGUGAUAAAGAUGGCAUUUCACAUCAGUUGAAGAAAUAUGAAUUAUACAAUAUGUAGUAUUGCUAAACCACAAAACAUACAGGUGAAGAAUCUUCACAAGGCAAAGACAAUUUAAUAGUCUAUAUGAGAAAGUAAGAAAAAGUAUUUUCAACUUAAAGUAGAUAAAGGGUUAAUUUCCUAAAUUAAAAAAAUAGAAGAAGAUAAUGUCAAGUAACUAGGAAAUAAAAACCCAAGAGAAAAAUAGACAUACUAUAAAGAGAUACCAUUGCAGAAAAGAAAUAGGAAUGUCUUUAAACAUAUUUUAAAAAGCUUACUCUCAACUACAAUCUAGACCUGAUGGGUAAAGAUUUAAAUGUCAUCAAGUGUACUUCACAGUGCAUGGUAAGAUAUUAUGCACCACUGGCAACAGUGUAAAUUGGCAUAAAGUCCAUAAAGAACAAUUUAGAACUAUACAGUAAACCCCGGCUCAAUGGGAGAUGGAAAGUAGACAAGCAGAGGGAAAAACACAAUGUUACCUCUCUUCAAGCUACACCAAGUUCCCCAGAAUCCUUUCUACCUUACCAUGAAACUAGGUUUCUGAUGUUUGUGAAGGAGUAGGAUGUGUCCAUUUUCCCACUAACCUCUAUCUUAGAUUUCUGAAGGGUAUGCAGACCGAGCAAGUACUGAAACAGUGAACAUUAAUGCAGAUUUAACUGAGUUAUUCUGGGAGAUCUGACUUAGAUCUUACAUACUUGUAUCCUCUAUCUUUGCCUUCUCAGGACUCUUCCUUUUUCCAAAAGAAGAGCUCAAAAGAGAAGGUUCAUCUCUUACAAAUCUCAAAGCCAUGUCUCAGGAUGAACUAGAGUAUGCCCUUACAGGGAUCAGUGUCAUUCAAGGAUGUGACUGUGGACUUCACCCAGGAGGAGUGGCAGCAUCUGGACCCUGCUCAGAAGGCCCUGUAUAGGGAUGUGAUGUUGGAAAACUAUUGCCACUUCAUCUCUGUGGGGUUUCACAUGACUAAGCCUGAUAUGAUCCGCAAGUUGGAACAAGGAGAAGAGCUAUGGACACAGGGAAUUUUUCCAAGUCAGAGCUACCUAGAAGAUGGAAAAGCUGAAGAUGUUUUAGUGAAGUUCAAAGAAUACCAAGAUGGACAUUCUAGAUCAGUUGUAUUAAUCAACCACAGAAAACUAAUUAAGGAGAAAAGUAAUACUUAUGGUAAAAGACUUACUCUAGGCAAGAACCAUAUUAUUUCAAAAACAACAUUAUGUGAAUAUAAACCUGAUGGAAAGGUUUUGAAAAAUAUUUCAGAAUUAGUCAUAAGAAAUGUAAGCCCCUUAAAAGAGAAGUUUGGAGAGAGUAAUGGAUGGGAGAAAUCACUCCUCAAUCCUAAGCACGAGAAAAUUUAUCCUAUAGUGAAUCUCCAUAAACAAACAGAAAAAGAUCUCAGUGGUAAACAGGAACUUAUUCAACAUCAGAAGGUUCAAACUCCAGAACAACCAUUUGAGCAUAAUGAAUGUGAAAAAUCCUUCGUUAUGAAAGGAAUGUUAUUUGCACAAACUAGAUCUCAUAGAGGAGAAAGAACUUUUGAAUACAAUAAAGAUGGAAUUGCCUUCAUAGAAAAGUCAAAUCUCAACAUCCAUCCACACAGUCUUAUGGAAAAGAAGCCCUCUGCCUACAACAAAUAUGGGAAAUUCCUCUGUAGGAAGUCUGUUUGUAUUAUGCAUCAAAGAUCUCAAACAGAAGAGAGACCCUUUCAAUGUCCUUACUGUGGGAAUUGCUUUAGAAGGAAGUCAUACCUUAUUGAACAUCAGCGAAUUCACACAGGUGAGAAACCAUAUGUUUGCAAUCAAUGUGGAAAGGCCUUCCGUCAGAAGACAGCCCUCACUCUUCAUGAAAAAACACAUAUAGAGGGGAAACCCUAUAUUUGUAUUGAUUGUGGGAAGUCCUUCCGCCAGAAGGCGACCCUCACUAGACAUCACAAAACACAUACAGGGGAGAAAGCCUAUGAAUGUACUCAAUGUGGAAGUGCCUUUAGAAAGAAGUCAUACCUCAUUGAUCACCAGAGAACUCACACGGGAGAGAAACCAUAUCAGUGUAAUGAGUGUGGAAAGGCAUUUAUCCAGAAGACAACCCUCACUGUCCAUCAGAGAACUCACACAGGAGAGAAACCCUAUAUUUGUAAUGAAUGUGGUAAGUCCUUCUGCCAAAAGACAACCCUCACUCUUCAUCAGAGAAUUCAUACAGGGGAAAAACCCUAUAUUUGUAAUGAAUGUGGGAAGUCCUUCCGCCAGAAGGCAAUCCUCACUGUUCAUCACAGAAUACAUACAGGAGAGAAAUCCAAUGGAUGUCCUCAGUGUGGAAAGGCCUUUAGUCGGAAAUCAAACCUUAUUCGCCAUCAGAAAACUCACACAGGAGAGAAACCAUAUGAAUGUAAAGAAUGUGGGAAGUUCUUCAGUUGUAAGUCAAACCUCGUUGUCCAUCAGAAAACUCACAAGGUACAAACCAUGGGAAUGCAGUAAGUAAUGAGACUUUUUUGUAAAAAACUUUUAGGUCAUAGUAAAUCCUAUACAUGAUAUGUUGCUUGCAAGUGUAAUAAUAUCCAACAGUUUAAGGUACUGUACCACAUAUUAAUCUACUAUUGGCUAGACUAGCAGUUAGCCUAUAAGGUACACACACACCAAAUAUGACUAGACAAAUUGACAAAAAAAAGAAUUGAAAUAAAAGCCCAAAUUUUUUAUUAGAUUCAGCAGAUGAAAAUUUCUGUCAAAUUGUCAUAAACAUUUGAAACUGUUUAUUUUCAAUUUAAAUAUAUCUUUUUGUGAACCGGUAAUAAGCAGUUGGCCAACUGGCAGUGGCCCAUGGACUGCACUGUGAGUAGAAGUUCUAUAAAAGAAAGGAGGUAUGUUCUCAACACGGACAAAGCAGACAAAUGAGAUGUGAACUGUAUUUCUCACUGGAAAUAUGAAAUAAAAAUUAGUUGUUACCUCUUCAAAGUUAACCACAGUUCUGACUUCUAACAUUAUAAAUUAGUUUUAAUGUACUAUAAACCUUUAUAUAAAUUGAAUUAUAUAUUGUUUAUUCUUUUAUAUAUGGAUUAUUUCAUUCAUCAGUAUGUCUCUAAUCACUAGUAGUGCAUGUGGCAGAAGUUUAUUUUUAUUCUAUAUAGAAUUCCAUUAUAUGAUUAUAUCACAAUUUAUCCAUUCUGUUGAUGGACUUUUACAUUGUUUACAUCUUAGGGUCAUAAUAAAUAAUGCUUCUGAAAACCUAUUUGUCUUUUGCUAUAUAUAUAUGCAUUUCUCUUGUGUAUAUACUUAUGAAUGGAAUUACUGUGUAUGUUCAGUCAGCUUUGGUAGAUACUGCCAAACCACUCAGAACUUUCACACAGCAUGAGAUAAUUCACUCUCAAGGGAAACAACUAUGAAUUUUAUCAAUAUGUUGGUAGUUCAAACCAGAGAAUUCAUGCUAGAGGGAAAUUAUCAGUGUUAUUAUAAAAAUUGGGAAUGUGGAUGGAAUGCAUGCAGAAAGGCUUUUAGCCACAGCUCAAAUCUUAAUACAAGACAUAUGUAAUAAAUGUGAGAUUGCCUUUAGCCACAGUUAAUGUCUUAUUUGAAAUAAAAAAGUCAUACUAAAGAAAAGAAGGCAUCCAGGAUUUCCCUUGCUCAACACCAGAGAAUUCUAACUAGAGAAAAGCCCUAUGUGUAUAUUGAAGGUGGGGUGGGAGGGAACAUAGCGUUUACCCAUGGCCUAUAUCUUACUGGUCAUAUGCAAAUGAUUAAUAUGGAAAAGCUUAUAGGGAUAGCUCAAAUCUUAACACAACACCAGAAAAUUCAUAUUGGUUGGGAACUCUUCAAAUGAAAUAAUUGUAAAAAUGACUUUAACCAUAGCUCACUCCUUAUACAACAUCAAAUAAUUCACACUAAAGAAAGGAAAAUUAAAAUGAAACAAAUGAGGUGUGGGACUUUUAACUCAGGAACACUAGCUUCCAUGAAAGAAGUCCAAUCAUACCUAGACUAUAAUGCUAGAAAAUCCAUGUGUAGGCACCCUAGUCAACAGCCCCAGCUGAGCUCCCAGACAUCAGCUAGCAUCAACUGCCAGCCAUGUGAGUGAGCCCUCUUGGACAUCAAGUCUUCAGAUGAUUGUAGCCCUUGCUGACAUCCAACUUGAGCCACACAAGAGACCCCAACCAAGAACUGCCCAGCUGAGGUCUCCCCAAAUUCCUGACCCCCCAAAUGGUUACAUUUUUAAUUAAAUUUGAUUGUUUGAUUAAAAGAAUGGAAAAAGUAACUUGUAUCUAUUUAAUAACACAAAUAAAGGUUCUCAGUAGUAUUCUUAUUUGUAACACAGUGCCAGAUAAUUGUGUAUGCUGAGUUCUGGAGGAUGGUACUCCAUCCUUGCACAAUAUGUCCUUUGAGGCUUCACAUUGGGUAUGCUUUAAGCCUUUUAGUGCUCAUCAGGAAAAAUUCUAGAUGGUAUAGCAUGUGAUGUAAAGAGUUCAUCUCAGUGUUUUGGGGAUUUUUUGUUUUUAAGGAUGCAUAAUAUACAUAUUUAUGAGGUAUAUUUUGAUACAUGC